CGGUAACAUUGGUAACGGUCAGUGUUAUUUACGACGCGCGUAUACGUACCUGCCAAGCGGUAAGCGUUAAGCGGGACAUUACCCGUGGCUCGCACGUACCGCUAGGCACCUAAACGGAGACCCGUAGCGUCCGCGAUGACCACUGUCCGACCUCGCAAGAAUAGCAGCCAGAAACAGACGUUCGAAAUGCCGCACUGCGAUGGUGAUGCGGGACACGUUUGGAGGUCGACCACGCACGAGACUUACGGCCGGGCGCAAGCGUCGGUCGUGAGAACACCGUGCGAUGACAAAGAGAGAAAAAGAAAAGAAUUGGAAGAACAUUUGUGGAAGACAAUGACUGAAAAAGUACUGAAUGACAUGGCAGAAAAAACCAAAAACUAUUACGCUCAAAAUAAUCAGUUCGAAACAACCUACAGCAGCAAUUUUCAAAUUAAAGGGUUCAAACUAAAAGAAAUAGGAGACCAAUUAAAUGAAGAACUAUGCGCCAAGUACCCAUUGUAUAACACUACUGGGAUACCCCUACAUCAGUACGAAUGCAAUAAAGCUAAGCAACCUGUGCAUAAACCUUUGGUUCAUAUGUUCAAAAAGGAUAGCAGGUUUACUAGUUACUUGAGUGAUCCCAAUGAUUAUCACGCUCCAGUUGCUAUGGGACAUUUUGCAUUUGUUUGAAAAAAUCACGUUGUUCUUGUGUGAUUCUGUGAAUUUCAGAAACGAAUGUAUUCUAUUAUACAACAUUAAAUGAUGAAUUUGAAUAUACCUCUCUUCAUCACUCCUUAAUUUAUAAAACAUAUGCAUACUCCAAGAAAAGAAACAUUUUUUUUUCUUUUUUUUUUUCGAUAUAUAUCUCUGCAACUUAGAAACAUAGAUUUAGAACAUUGGCUUACAGUGGUAACAAUAAGUUGUGAAAUAGUGUAAAAUUAGUGCUUGUUUUUUGAAAUACGUAAUUAAUUUGGUGUAUUGGUUAUAGAAUAGUCUAUUCUAUAAUCAAUGAUUUGAUGGCAUCAUGGCUUAUGGUCUAUGGCAUCAUUGUUAUAAAUCAAGAUAGACACUCAUCCGAAUUCUAGCAGCACUGGGCGGUGCUUAACAGUAGAACUUAUCAGUAAGUACGACUAAUAAACGCGCCGUACUGUUUAUUCUAUGCUAUAAAAAUGAAAUUCUUUCAUAACCGAAAAUAGCAAGAACUCUUGGACGUAGUCAAUUGAUGACGCGAAAUUUUUUUUUGUAGGGAAUUAAAAAAAAUGUAUUUAAUAAGUUCACACAUUAGUUUUUACUUCGACACUCUUAGUAUCCUCACUUUUGAUACACAGCUUUUUAGCAACUUUUUCACACGGAUAUUUAACAUUGAAAUUUGAUUAUUGAUUGAAGUAAGAAAAAAUUCAAUAAAUUUGCCUAUUUAUGACGUAAAAGCAAUAAUAAAUAAAGAAAGAAAUUAUUUAGAUCAAAUUAUUUUCUUAAAAUGCUUUCUUUAUGUUUAUUUCUGCAUGAUUAAUACAAGAUUUUUAGUUAGAGGAAUUAAUUUUUUUUAAGUCACGUUUAUGAUUGCUUAUAUCUUGAUAUGUUAGCUAUCACAAUGAUACUUAAGCUCUCCCAAUAUUGCAUCCUCAUGUACUAUGUCUAUUUUUCUAUUUAUUUCUGUACCAUCCCGAUAACUCAUUAAAUAUUGAUGAUAUCAAAAAACUUAUGAGAUAACUCGACUAUUGUACUUUGUUCAAUCUACUUUGUACAGUUCGCGAUGUAUAUAAAAAUUCCUGCAACACAAUAUUAUAACAUAACAUGAACCUAUAUUUCACGUUGUGAAGUAAACAAUUCCAGAUUUAUUGUAUGUAACACAAAUAAUAAUAGAAAAAUCGUAAAUCUUAUGAAAUUUAUUUGUGAAACAUUUUAUAUAAUUCUAGUUACAAUUUAUUAGUAAAUUGCACUAGCUAUUUCACGUUACAAAAAAUGAAAGCA